AUGUCUCGUCUAGCGUGGGUCAGUCUGGCGGUAGUGUUGGCUGCUGUGGGGACUGGGGUCUACUGGAGCUAUGAUGGCUUCGAUCCAGAGUCUCUGCGGGGGGCAACUGUCGUCAUCACGGGCUGCAGUACCGGCAUCGGCGAAGAGAUGGCGUACCAGUACGCCCGGCUGGGAGCAAAGAUACUCAUCACAGCCAGAAGGGAGAACAGGCUGAAGGAGGUUGUAGCGAAGGCUAUGUCUCUGGGAGCCCAGGAGGCGCGCUACGUGGCCGGGGACAUGGGGAAGGCGGAGGACUGUGAGAGAACCAUUCAAACAGCCAAGGAGAAAUUCGAACGCCUUGACUAUCUAGUCAUCAACCACGAAGGGUCAAGUUUCAAAAACGUUGUGGACUACUACGGAAAGAAGUUUUGGGACGAAGACCCUGAUAUGGACUACCUGGUGGACUUCCUAAACAUCAGUCUGAUCAGUUACGUCCGUCUGGCCUCGCUGGCCAUGCCUCUGCUGAAGGAUAAUAAAGGACAUAUCGUGGUGCUGUCGGGUUUUCAUGGAAAGACUCCAUUUCCUACCUGUACCUGGGGCUCCACUGCCAAGUUUGGCCUGGACGGGUUCUUCAGCUCGCUCCGUGUGGAACUGGUGAAGGCGGGGCAGGACGUGUCUGUCACUCUCGCCGUGCUGGGCUUGAUCAGGACACCCGCGGUGGAAGACUUGUUGCAGAAUACAGAGACGGGACGAGAGGCACUGAAGGCGGCGGCGCCCGUGGACGAGACAGCCCGGGCCAUCCUCCGCGGCGGGGCGGUCAGAGCCCGCGAGGUCUACUUCCCGCCGUCCGUGUGUUGGAUUAUGAUUAAACUCCGACCCAUGGUUCCUACCUUCGUCGAUAACCAUGGGUCAGCAUGCUUCUUUCCGUGA